AUAUGGCAGGGAGUGGGAAGGUCGAGGUUUCUUUCGUGGACAAUUAUGCAAUUCUUUCCAUGAAAAAUGGAGAAAACCGAUUAAAUUUAGAAUUUUUUAAAGAAUUCUAUGCUGCUCUGGAUGAGAUCGAAAGGAAUGAAAAGGUUAAAUUUCUGAUCACCACUGGAGAUAAAAAAUUUUACUCAAAUGGGCUAGAUCAAGAAUUCCUUGCGACAUGUACUCCAGAGGAGUUCAUAGAAACCACAUCUUUGCUUCAUAAAGUCUUGGCAAGAUUAUUAUCAUUUCCCAUGUUAACAGUGGCUGCAUUAAAUGGACAUACCUUUGCUGGUGGAGCACUAUUAGCCCUUGCACAUGACUACAGAGUUAUGAGAACCAAGAAAGGUUGGUUUAGCUUUCCAGAGGUCAAGUAUGGCAUGCGUUUUGGUAUUGGAAAUAACCUGUUGAUGAGAGGGAAGAUAAAGGACCCCAAAGUAAUUGCAGAUGCUGUAUUCAUGGGACGACGGUUUGAAGCAGAGGAGGCUCUGGCUGGUGGGAUUGUCCAUGAAAUCUGUGAUAUUGAAAAACUUCUAGAUACAGCCAUACGGAUGGGAAAGGCGGCUGUAGGCAAUAAUAACUUGAACAGAAAUAGUGUUAUGCAUUUAAAAUCAGAUUUCUAUAGUGACAUCAUUAGUGGCCUUCAAAGUGAAAUUUUAACCGGUAAAGGGCUUCUGAAGAGCUUUGAAUUUUUUGGAAGAAAGUCAAAACUCUAAAAGAGGAUUUGGCGUAUUGUAAAAACUCCAAAUCAAACAUUGUGAUGGGCGUAAUUGUAUUAAUUUGAACUUUUCCUGAGAGACAUGCUUUGUGAUCAUAGAUGACGUAAGGAGAUGUGGUGACCGGAAAGAUUUUUCUCGUUAACGCGAAGCACUUCCAUAAGUAACAAAGUUUGGAAACCGGUUAUAAGGAGUUAUUCCAAGGAAUCUAGGCGGGCUGUUUUGAGAACGAUCACCGUAUAACGCUAUAGCGUUUUAAAACAAAGUGGCAGUGACAGAGGCAAUCCUGUGUUUAUAGUGUCGUACCUUUUUCCGGACUCGUACCCUUGUCGCUAUUUACGUAUUGUGUUAGAAGAGAAGACUGGAUACGAGGAUGGAUUGAGGUGAGCAGGGUGUCAAACAGGGCCAGUCCACAAAACCAGGAGCCACACCCCCUACUUUUUGCGAAAAGUGCGCGGGUUCCUUAACGUCCCUUGCGAACCAGUACAGGAGAGAAGAUGCAGGAGACGGGGCUUAAGGUUUAUCGUCCUUAUCCGAGAUCACCAGAAUGUAAAACCGUUUUCAGAUGUCAUAGCUUAGGCAGCACAUUUUCCUCAAUUAAUUUAAGACCCUGAGUGUUGAUCAUAUCUGGGGCUUGAACCUCGACCUUCCGCACGGCAGUCCAGCGCUCUAUGAAUAAGUUAAUCAAGCGCUGCUUUAAUCAGUAUCACUCCGUCACACUUCUUGACACGUGUCAGGUACUAAAUGAACCAUUUGAACGAUUCAGUGAAUGUUGAUAAUAAAAAUGAUUUCAUUUCAGGAAGACUUCGAAACAUAUUUAAAGCAGGAAACGGUUGAGCACAAUUGGUUUUUACUAUUUUUGCAAAUGGUUUUGUUCUUAAUGUGCUUUGUAAAGUUACACCUGAUGAAUAAAUUACUUGA